AUAAAAAGUCAUUGUAUGAAAUUUAAAUUUGCCCUGACUUCACCAGUGCUUUUUAUGCAGCCGAUUGUAAAACCAGGCAGAUAUCUAGAUGAGCUGACGUCCCUUCGUCCCCUGGAAGAUCUUUGUAUAUCCCAAAGAUGUGUGUAUCCCAGCCUGAGAACCUGUGGGCGUCAGCAAUGGAAGAUUUUUCUCUUCAGAUCCACUUUUCAGUGGUCUCUCUCCUGAGCCUCCCAAGGUGUGGCCCACCGACAAAAUUACAUAAAGAAACUCCAGAUGUAAACUUCAAAACAACACGCUGCCAGCCAAGAAACACAGUAAAGUUCACGGUAAACACGGUAAGACCAGGCCAUGUCUGGGACCAGGAGAUUGCAGCUGAUUUUCUCUGUUACGCAGAAGGAGCGGUGGCUUCUGAGAAUCCAGCCGAAACUCUCCAAUGAGACGCUGCUUGCUUCAUCCUUGUGAUUGCUUAUAAGGUCCAGUGUUCACAGGUUGGAGAGAGAAAAUUUGCAUGCACACACACACACAUCCCCCCGGUGCUUAGAAGAAUCAUCUCUCCUCCGGGUGGAUUGUUGUAGAACUGGUCGGACCGUUCAUUCGGCCAUCGGGCAAAAGAGGCAGACACAGAGAGGGGGUGUGAGAAACACCAAGAGGGGUUUGCUUUCUGAAGACCACAGUGAUCUGCACGGAGCACGGAGAAACCACAACCGCAGAUCCCACAGCUGCUGAGCAGCACGAGCUCGCUUGUGGUUGCAUAAAAAAGCAUCAAAAUACGCCCUUGAAGGGCUGAAAAAUUAGAAGACAGGGAAUAAGCAGAGCGGUGAGACGAGGAAGGUGCGGCCGCAAUGGCUUUUUCUCCCGAACCCAGGCGGACGACGCCAGAGCUUCCCCUCCGUCCCCAAACUCUGCAGCAAUUCAAAGUAAACGUGACUCUGGAUCCGGACACGGCUGGUCCUGAACUCAUCCUCUCCGAAGACCUGAAAGACGCCAGAUGGGGAAAACCAAGUCAGGAGAUGCCUGACCGUCCUGAGAGAUUUGACACUGAUCCCUGCGUCCUGGGCUGUGGAGGAUUCACCUCGGGAAGACACUACUGGGAGGUGGAAGUGGAUGGAUUGUUCUGGACUGUGGGUGUGGCCAGAGAAUCGGUGAGGAGGAAGGGACCCAUUAUCUUUCGACCCCUCACGGGGGUCUUGGGAUUGCAGAAAUAUUAUCACCUCUGCGUGGCGCUCACCAGCCCUUCCUACACCUACGUGCCCCUCAAAGACAACCACAAUGAGAUUGGCGUCUAUCUCGACUAUGAGCAGGGGCGUGUGUCGUUUUAUGACCUCAGCAGUGAGGAUCUGCUCUUCGCUUUCCCGCCAGUCUCUUUCAACGGGGAGAGAGUUUUCCCUUACUUUUGUGCUUUUUUGUCCCACCUAAAACUCUCCCCCAGAGGGUAAGGCGUGGUUGUGAUCCCAAGAAACUGGAAUCUCUGGCCUUUGGUGUUAUAGUCUCUAUGGGUAUGUCUACACUACCACCCUAGUUCGAACUAGGGUGGUAGAGUAGACAUACCCAUAGAUCCUAGAGGUUCUUGCUGAAUGUCUUCUAGCUUUCAUUGCCCUGGCUCUAUGACCGUGGAGGGUUACAACGUUCUUGCUAAGCCUCUUCUAUCUUACAUUUCUCUACACUCGUUGCACAAGGCAUAAGGGAUCAGUCAGAAAAGGCUUUCCUUGUCGACCGAUCCCUGUCUUGACUGCCGGCAAAUUGCCACGUCAGCAAAAACCAGUGGCCAUUUUUAUUCUAAUGAAGCACGGGAUAUUUAAAUCCCCACUUCGUUAGCAAUUUUGGUAUGUCUAAUU